AUGAGCUCCCCUCGUGCUAAUAUCCCUAACGAGGCAAGCCACAUAUCGGCUCCACCACCUUGUGUCCAAAAAGAUGUCGAAUCCGACUUUACCAUUCCCAUGAAAAUACUUCCUACAGACACAAACACAAACACAAACGCAAACCCAAUCCUCAACAUCUCAGAGGAGGCAAGUGACAAAGAAAAUAUCUCACCACCACCACCACCACCACCGCCAUCCAAUGGCAAACACCUCAAUGUCAAUAUAUCAAAACGUGGAAACGCUUGGGACUGGGAAGUGGGAGCAAUAGCUAUAAGCUUCAUUGCAUUGCUAGCUCUGGUGGUUCUACUCAUAUACGCUGAUGGCCGCCCGUUACGCGAAUGGAGCGGUACUCUAUCUCUCAACACUGUCGUUUCCGCCCUAGGAUCCGUAUCCCGAACUUCUCUAGGGUUCGCCGUCAGUUCAUGUCUCGCCCAGGACAAAUGGAACUACUUUAGAAGGAGGCCGGGGAAUCUCGCCACUUUUGAUAGCUUUGACGAAGCUAGCCGUGGUCCGUGGGGAUGUUUCUGGCUCAUCAUCAAGCUAAGAGCCCGUCACUGGGUUGUUCUCGGUGCACUUAGCUCGAUUUUACUUAUAGGGUUCGAACCGUUCCUACAGGCUGUCAUCUCUUUCCCUGGGCAGAUGGAUCCCAGUAUCGAGGCCACAAAAUCUCAAAUCGGUCGGAGCGAUCUUCUAGAUGUGGGCUCAUACGUCGAAAAUGCCGGUGGCGCUUUAACACGGGUAAGGCUUGCACCCUCUGACGAAUCCGUAGCGUUCACAAGCUUCGACUCUCUACCAGAUCCCGGCAUGAGGUCUUCGUUUUACGACGGGAUUUACAAUUCCUCGUUCAGCACCAAAAAGACUGCCUCAUUCUCCUGCCCCAAUGGAAACUGCACCUGGCCGAUAUAUACCUCGUUGGCAAUCUGCAGUGCAUGCACCGAUAUUUCGAGCCAUAUUCAGCGUUACGCGCAGCGAGGGGAUAACCUACAGUCACUACGCAAUCCCGAAAUUGAUAUUAAGGAUUCCAAUUUCACGAUCGUGUCUCUGCCUAGGCUUAAUCUCACCAAUCUUAGCAACGGCGCCGCCAACAUGUCCAAGAUUGGCAAAAGCACUGUCGAUGCCUAUAUGGCUACCACGAUCAUCACUGACCCCCACUUCACCUUGAACUUCCAGAACUUAACCACCAUGAUCACCACGGUGCAGAUGCUGAAAGCCGCGCCCGGUUUCGAAGCCGAGGAGUUGAAGUGGGAGGACACGCCCGUGACCGCGACAGAGUGCUCGCUGUACUUCUGCGUGCAAGCGUUCGACUCGGAGGUGAUAAACGGCGUGCUCACGGACCGGAUCGUGUCGACGUGGGCGCGGCGCGACUUCGCGACCUACACCGCGGCCGACAACAGCGCGGGCCACCCGAGCCUCAACUCCAAGGACAUGUACGAGGCCUACGACAAGUGGAACAACUACUCGCUGUACCCGGCGUACGGGGACGUCUCCCGGACCGACCUGGAGCUGUUCAUCACGAACGAGGACGUGAAGCUCAGCGCGCUGCCGCAGGACGUCACGCGCCGCUUCCGGCUGACGCAGAACACGGUGGGCACGACGACGCGCUUCGUCAACGAGCAGCUGCUCAGCAAGAAGAUGACGUGGCCGGCGGGCGUCGGCGACGACACGGGCAUCAGCUCCACGGCGCAGGCCCUCUACCAGAGCCACAACCUGUCGACGACCUUCGCCAACGUCGGCUCGACGGUCACGAACUGGAUGCGCGACAUCUCCAACGAGACGCAGACCGGCAUGGGCGAGGAGUGGGUCACGCACAUCGCCGUCAAGUGGACGUACCUGACCCUCCCCGCGCUCACAAUCCUCCUGGGGCUCGCGUUCAGCCUCUGGUCGAUCCAGGAGACGCACAGCUUGGACCUGGACCCCUGGAAGACGGACAUGAUUGCGGUGCUCACUCAUUCAGUCGAUGACGACACCCGCGCGCAGCUCAAGGUCGCCGCCAGCAAUGGAUACCUGCAGCAGGCGGUCGGGGGCAUGACGGUGUCGCUGGAAGAUAAUGGGUCGGGGCUCGAGUUGAGGAGGAAGCUGGAGUAG